GUUUUGUAUCCGUCCGAUCAAUCUCUAACGCCCCCAUCUGCACCCUAUAUAUAACCCUAUCAUUCCUAACGAUUCGAACCUUUGCAUUCUUUUCUUCCAGAUUCUGCAACUCAGCUUAGGAACAAGAGACCAAAGUCUUUCGAGAUGGCCCGUACAAAACAAACUGCUCGUAAGUCAACUGGAGGAAAAGCUCCCAGGAAGCAGCUUGCAACCAAGGCUGCGCGUAAGUCUGCACCAACAACUGGGGGUGUGAAGAAGCCACAUCGUUAUCGUCCUGGAACUGUUGCUCUUCGUGAGAUUAGGAAAUACCAGAAGAGUACUGAGCUUCUUAUCAGGAAGCUUCCAUUCCAGAGGUUGGUUCGUGAAAUUGCUCAGGAUUUCAAGACUGACCUCCGUUUCCAGAGCCAUGCUGUGCUUGCGUUGCAAGAGGCUGCCGAGGCAUACCUUGUUGGGCUCUUUGAGGACACCAACUUGUGUGCCAUCCAUGCCAAGCGUGUGACUAUUAUGCCCAAGGAUAUCCAGCUAGCAAGGAGGAUCCGUGGUGAGCGUGCUUGAGGGUUGUUUGUGAAGAUGGGUGGCUGCGGAUGGUGUUUUGUUACUCUUAUUUCUAUUUGUCGAAGCCGAUAGUUUACUAGGGGAAAAUAGGUGUUUACUGUUAGUCAUAUUAAUUGUGAUAGGCAAAUACUGCUAAAGGUUUGUUAAGGUCUGAUUUUUAGAAGUUUGGCAUGUAAUUGAUUUUUUUAAAGUUCCGGAUCCUUUAAAUUUUCUCGUUUUUUGGAUUUGCAGCCACUUGGGAAUUGUAUUGGACAACUUUCUGUUGCCAUCUAAUCUAGUCUAAGCUUAGUGUAUCGUGUUUUGUUUACUGGAUUUCGGAUUAUCAUCACAGCUGAAUUCAUAGUGAUUGUUAUUUUACCAA